CGACCUUUUGGUUGUCAGUCUACCGCCUAAAAUUUUGACUGUCAAUCAUACAGGGGGCUUUAGAAAGGGAAAAAGGAAAUGGAAGUGGUGAUACCAGUUAUGGAUUUUGAUUUCAACAGCGCUAGAUCAUCUCCUCGUUCAACUGCUCCUUCUACACCUACAGGAGCCGGUGGUGGCUGCUUCUUCAGUGCUCCGAAUAGUCCCACGAGACUGUCCGAUUUUUAUCGAGAAUUUGACAGAUUUUCCUUGAUGGGUGACUGGCAAAGCAGCAGAAGAAACAAUUCUUUGGCGAUUCCUUUUGAUUGGGAAGAGAAACCAGGUACACCGAAAUCACCAAGAGGAACAAGAAAUGAGAAGGAGGUGGAGGAGGUUGCAGAUGAUUUUGCUUUUGAUUUUAGCGAGGCCUUGGAGAAAACAUCUCUUUCAGCUGAAGAUCUGUUUGAUGGAGGGAAAAUCAAGCCCUUGAAGCCACCACCUCGGUUACAGGUGGAAGAGUAUAACCAGAAAAGCCCACUUUUAUCAUCCCCACGCUCGCCGAAAUCACCGUUUUCCCAAGGCAGAAAGUUCAUCCGUGAAGCUUUUUCACCGAGAAAGAAAAGGGAACAUGACCCUUUUGCAACUGCUAUUCAAACCAGUCGAAAUCAAACAGAUGACCACAGAAGAGGAAGAGAAAGAGUUCAAGAUUUAUCCAAGAAUUCAAGCCGUAGAGCAACAAGAUCACUUUCGCCUUACAGAGUCUCGGCGUAUCCCUGGGAAGAAGAAGAGAAACAAAAGCAAAACGAAAGCACCGCUAACAAGCCAUUGCCAUUGAAUUCGAAGCCUUCGCUUUCUUCAAACAAAGGCUCUUCCAGAAAAUGGAGAUUAAGAGAUAUCUUCUUGUUUAGAAGUGCAUCCGAGGGACAUGCAACAGAUAAAGACCGAUUCAGGAAGUACUCGUCAAGCUUUUUCAAGAAACCCGAAGAUAACAAGAAAUCAAGCUUGAAAUCCAGGGAGAACUCUGGUUCGGGUGGAUCUAGAAGGAAAGUGUCAGCUCAUGAGCUGCAUUACACAGCGAACAAAGCAGUAUCUGAGAACAUGAAGAAGAGGACUUUCUUGCCAUACAAACAAGGUAUUUUGGGAAGAUUCGCGUUCAUUCCUUUUUCCAGUUGAUUCUAAACACAUAGGAGUUCGUCGACUGUUAAUUAAUAUAGCAAGUGAUUCAUUUGUUUGUUGUAAAGAUUAUACUUCAAUCUGUUUGUACCUAUAAAGUGCAGUAUUCGUAUGAAGAACCAAUCAUUGGUGAUUUGUGAUCAAUAUAAUUUUUGUUU